GUUGCACUGGAGUUCAAGCGUGGUGUCCUGUUGCGUGAUCUCCCGCAGCUAUCCUCAGGAAACCAGCCAUCUCCAUUCACUGACCAUCAGCGCUGAACGCCACAGCCAAGUGCGCUGCGCUGUGUUGCUCUGGAGGGGAAAACAUCAGCAGGAAUAAAACUCGUUUCAUAUUUUAUAUCUGAAACCCGCUCGCUGCAUCGGAGUCACCAGAGAUGAUGAAUUUGAUCCUCAUCUGCUUGCUAUGUGGAUUGUAUGGUGUUCUUGCAAAAGACAAAGAUCAGAAGGGAAAGUACAGCGUCCCUAUUCUGGAUGUGAAAACCCGGCAGCUGGUCCUUGACACCAACCAGACACUACUGCUCGGCUGCAGGGGUCGCUGGGAGCUGGCAUGGGCGUUCCCCUCAGGUUUGGUCAGAGAUCAGGUGCAAGUGGAGGAGUUCCGCUGUGGGAGGACAAGCAAGCAUUACUGCAGCCGUGUGACGGUCAGCAGCACCCAGGCCCAGCACACUGGCCUGUUCCGCUGCAGAUACAGACGCCUAACUCGAAAACAGACCUCCGUCUAUGUCUAUGUCACAGACAGCCAGCAGCCAUUUGUGGAACAUCCGGGUAUGAGCCCAGAUGUGUUGUACAUGAAGGAGAAGCAGCCGCUGCUCAUCCCCUGCCGGGUCACACACCCCAACAUCACCACCACACUGGUCAAGUACCCCAACCACAGCCUGAGUCCAGACCAGAGGAUCAUUAUUUGGAACAGCAAGCAAGGCUUCACCAUCCGAACUCCCGCCUUCUACUACAUCGGCCUCUUCUACUGCCAGACGAUCACCGACGGCGUCGCACACAAGUCCCGUAUAUACUUUGUGCACAGACCAGUGAGUAACAUCAUGGAGGUGUAUCUGAACAGCAGUGGACCUGUGGAGGCGCUGAAGGGAGAGAGACUGGUCUUGAACUGCACCGCAACCGGGGAGUUGAACACCAGAGUCAACAUCACCUGGGAUUACCCUGGAAAGAUCAACAACACCGGCUCCAUGUCCAAGAGGCUCCUGAAACACAGAACACACAUGUUGUUCUACAACAUUCUGACCAUCCCGAAGCUCCAGCGCUCAGACCGAGGCCUCUACACGUGCCGCGUGACCAGCGGGGAAAAAACCAAACAACAGAAAAUCACUGUUACUGUCUUUGACCGUCCGUUUAUUCGCCUGAAGCCCAGACAUGGAUCUGUGAUGGAAGUACCGGCGGGGCAGAAGUCUUACAGAAUCUCUCCCAAACUACGAGCGUUCCCUGUCCCUGAAGUAUUCUGGUUGAAGGAUGGCAUGGUGGCAGCAGAGCAAUGCUCCAGAUACCACAUGAAUGGGACUUCCCUGGUGAUCCGCGAUGUGGCAGAGGAGGAUGCCGGGAAGUACACUGUCCUGGUACGAAUCCAGGAACAUGGACUCUACCAAAAUCUCACACUCACACUUGUGGUCAAUGUGAGUCCUCAGAUAGGGGAGAAAGCGGUGUCGUUACAGGACCCGGGCUCAGUGCCGCGGGGGAUCCGGCGAGCCCUUCACUGCACAUCCCACGCAGUCCCUCCUCCACACAUCCAGUGGCUCUGGCACCCCUGCCCGUCCAAAGGCCUGUGUGUGUGUCCGACGUCCUCCUCGCUAUGGAGCCCUGUGACAGAGAGAGUCCCCGCCACGUCCACAAGCAACCACAUCCUGAGUAUUACGCACAGACAGGAAGUGCUUCAGGGGAAAAAAAAGACAGUGGGGGUCCUGACUGUGGCAGAGUCCUUUGUGUCUGGAGUGUAUCGCUGCGUUGCCUCCAACUCUGCAGGCACAGACCAGCUCGACGUCCACUUCUACGUCACAGACGUCCCAGCAGGCUUCAGUGUGAGCCACAGGGAGGAGCCUAGAGAGGGCGGAGACCUCCACCUCACCUGUGUAGCCAACAAGUACCUGUACACAGCCUUGUUGUGGCAACGGGGGAAUGACACAGAGGACGCCCAAUCCCGCAGCCCCGCCGCGCAGCAGCUCACAUCCGGGGAGUUUUCCAAUUCGCUGGUCCUGUUGCUGAGCAACCUAACAGCAAGAGACUCCGGGGGCUACAGAUGCUCCGCCCAUCACCUGAUCACGGGGCAGGAGACGCACGUGGACACACAGGUGGUGGUCACAGUUUUGGAGCCUCCGGUGCUGCCCAAUAAUCUCACAGAUUGCACCGUGAACGUCAGCAGCUCCGUGAUCCUCAGCUGUCCCUCUGAAGGCGUCCCACCCCCAACCAUCACAUGGUACAAGGAUGAACGUGCUCUGUCUCAGGGAUCAGGUAUUGUGAUAUCAGCAGAAGAUGGGACCCUCCAUAUUGAUCGCAUCACAGUGGAGGACCAGGGUCUGUACACGUGCCAGGCCACCAAUGAGAGGGGAUCUGCAGAGAGCUCUGCCUAUAUAUGGGUCAACGGCGCCUCCGAAGCCUCAUUUUUGGAGAUCCCAGCACUCACCUGUACCUGCGUGGUGGCCACGCUCUUCUGGCUUUUGCUGACGCUCGUCAUACGCAGACUGAAACAGCCCAACAGCUCAAACACCAAACCAGAGUUCCUGUCAAUCAUUCUGGACAGAGGAGAUGCACCAAUAGAGGAGCAGUGUGAGCGGCUGCAAUACGACCCCAACCAAUGGGAGUUCCCUCGGGAGCGGCUCAAACUAGGGAAACCUCUGGGGCGUGGAGCCUUUGGUAAGGUGAUGCAGGCGGCUGCUUUUGGUAUCUGCAACGCCACCAGCUGCACGACUGUGGCUGUGAAGAUGCUCAAAGAGGGCGCUACAGCCAGCGAGCACAAAGCUCUGAUGACUGAAGUCAAGAUCCUCAAUCACAUCGGACAUCAUCUGAAUGUAGUCAACCUCCUGGGAGCCUGCACCAAACCGGGAGGACCACUGAUGGUCAUUGUGGAAUACUGUUGCUAUGGAAACGUCUCUGCCUUCCUGAAGGGCAAGAGAGAGGUGUUUGUGUACGACAUGGAUGCAGGGCCGGGUGGUGUGGGCAGCGUGUCUGAUCUCAAGUCUGCCUCCAACUCUCCUUUGUUCCUGGAGGAUCUCAUCUCCUUCAGCUUCCAGGUGGCGCGAGGGAUGGAGUUUCUGGCCUCUCGCAAGUGUAUUCACAGAGACCUGGCAGCCAGGAACAUUCUGCUUUCUGACAAUAAAGUGGUGAAGAUCUGUGACUUCGGCCUCGCCAGAGACAUCUACAAAGACCCCGACUACGUCCGCAAGGGUGACGCCCGCCUCCCUCUGAAGUGGAUGUCUCCAGAAGCCAUCUUUGACAAGGUGUUCACCACGCAGAGUGACGUGUGGUCCUACGGCAUUCUGCUGUGGGAGAUCUUCUCUUUGGGAGCUUCCCCGUACCCUGGUCUUCACAUAGAUGAAGACUUCUGCCACAGACUGAAGGGGGGAACAAGGAUGCGAGCGCCUGAAUACAGCACACCUGAGAUUUACAGCACCAUGCUGGCAUGCUGGGAGGCCAGUCCCUCAGACCGACCCACCUUCACUAACCUGGUGGAGACCCUCGGAGACCUGCUGGAAGCAAGAGUUCAGCAGGAUGGGAAGGAUUAUAUUCCUCUGGGAUCGUUCAUGACGGCUCGCAGCGAGACCUGCAGAGAAAAUCCGCUUGCGGUCACAAACCUGAGUUACAUGAGGGGGAUGGCCACACUUCAGACAUUUGAGGAACUGCCCUGCGAGGAAACAGACAAUCCGGACGACGAGCAGAGUGACAGUGGCAUGGUGCUGCCAUCCGAGGAGCUGAAGCGUCUGACGUGGAAUAACAGCAACAAGAAACUGAGCAGGUUCUUCGUCUUCCCCAAGUGCCGGGACAACCAGGUGCCUUUCCCGUGCAAUGACAUCGACGGUGUCUGUGGCGACGAGCCGUCCAUCUUGCCGUGCGACUGGGAGUCUGACGAGGGCGGCUCCCCUCCUCCGGACUACAGCUCUGCUUUUCUCUACCCCUCCCUCUAGCAUCUGUUCUUAGACAUAUCAACACAGCGUAUAUCUACAUCUAGAACUUAUUUCAUCUUUGCAUCCUCUACCUCACAACUGCACCUGUCCUCCUUCAACCAGACGUAGAGAAACUCUAGAUGUAAAACAUUCCUUCGCUUGUCUUCACUUCCUAAAACACAAAGCCUCUCCAGUAUUACCAAGUAUUAUCUCGCAUCGCCACACAUAACCCCCCCCUUCUAAGAGCAGCUAAGUAUUACCUCAUAUGCAGUUAUGCAGAAUGUAUUUACUGACUAUUGGAGCGUAUUGUAUUGGUACCUCAUGUGCUCUGUGAGGAGGAACACUGCUGUAUGAAUGAAUGUUUCCUCCUGCACAGCUGUCUGCUGGAAACACGUUAUCAUCACUGAAUUAUAGUUAGAGAUGUAUCAACCUGUAUUUAUUGUGAAUGCUGUAAUCAUCUCAUAGCCGAGUCUGUAUCUGUUAUUGUUAAUAUACACGCAGAGUACUUUCAUGACGGUGAAGUUGUUUUAUUGACACAAACUAGUCUGCACAUCACCAUAUAGUUAAUUAUCUAAAGGUUUCCACAGGAGGAAUUGUAGAGCUGCUAUAUUAGACAUUGUAUACCUAAUAAAGUGGCAACUCAUAGAUCAAUAUAGAACUGACAAAUGUCCUUUUAAAUACAUUUAUUUAUAAAAAAAUAUGAAGAUAAAUUCAAUUAAAUAUGGUUUUCCUUAAACAAUUAGGUUUGAAAGUUAUAUUUCUGUUCACAUCUUGAUGUUUGUAUCUUCAGUUUGCAGAUUAAACAGCUGUAAUGUACCCAAGUGCAAAACAAGA